AUUUCAGGGCAGAGUUUCUCUCAUGAAAGUACAGCAGACCAAACACAGGUAAGCACUCCCCCACCGUUCACUCCGCCCUCUUUUCUAAUGAAUUUCCUGCUUUUGUGGCACAGAUCUGGAAGAGCUGGAAAAGAGCAGAAGGUCAGAAGGGGAAGGAGCAGGGACAGAAGAGCUUGCAUAUAUUUCCUUGUGAUGAAGAGAGAAGUUAAAACAUGACUGUUACAACCUACCAAAUUUUCCCUCAGAUGUCUAUCUCCUUAACUUCUUAUCUGUUCUCAAAUAUCUGCCACCACCAUCCACCAUACCAUGUGGUUAGAAGCACACUGGAAGAACAUCCGUCAAGCCCUGUUGCUUCUCUUCACUGCUGCUCUUCUCAUUGGGGUCACCAUGCUAGCCAUUUCAUCCAACAUUAAUCCAGUAGGCUACUUCUUCCUAGGGGUAGGUGGAGUGUGCCUGACUGGCUAUUUGCUGAGUGUCUUUGUUGAGUGUUACCUGAAGAAUCAGCAUCGACGUGACACAAAUGAGAUACCUCCAAACAGUCAAAGCCAAGAAGGGAUGAAUGCUGCCUAUGAAGCACCUGCAUACGAGGACGUGGUGACUAUGUCAGUACCAGCAAUAUGGACAAUAGCAUCCAAUCCAGGCUUAGUGCCCUCACCACUGACCGAACCUCCCCCUUACAAUGUAGUUAUUGAAUCAACUGCCCGAGGAGAGACUGCUGUGGUAAUUCCUGGGGUCUCAGUGGCAUCAGACACAAGGAGCACCUCUGAGACAGACAGAGACUCCAGGAUGCACUUGCAACUGGUUCUGCCCCCAAGUCAGCAGUGCUUUGUUUCAGACAUCAAUGAAAUGAAAGGUAAUGCAGAUGGGUUUGAGCCACUGGAGCCACUCACUCCACCACCUGCUUAUGAGAGUGCCAUCAAUGAUGAGGUCUUUGAAGAUGUUUUCCAGCCCUCCAUAUUAUGAUUAAUUCCACUUUCUAUGAAUGCAUGAAUUCACCUUGAUACACUAAGUUUGUCUUUCCAUUCUUUGAAGCAAAGCUGAACUAGCACCUAAUUUCACUGGAACCUUUUUGCACGAAAUAUAACUCACUGCAAUACCACAAUGCCUCAUCUUGGCACAAGAUAAGCAACGCCACUGAGAAGAACAUUGUGUGAUAUACAGCAGCAACUCAAACUGGAAAUGAACCUUCUGGGGGAAGGAAAGUGAAUCGUAAAGAAAGACAACCUGCCUCGGAAAGGAGAGGAACAGAAACAGUACUAAGUAGGUUUUGCUGUGCAUUACAAACAGCAGCAUCACAGAGCACUGAGAUCAUCAACCACUCUUUCUUACUAAGAGACUGAGACUGCAGUUCCACAAUUAUAAAAGUUCUGGCACAACACACAUUUACUCUCUGUGCUGUUCACUGCCACCCCUCUGCUGCACUCCCACCAUUGCUUUAGUUGUGCCGUGGCUAAGAGGGUGGCUGUGCUCAUAUGGAAGUUAGCACCACCUAGUACCUACCAAUUCACUGCUAACCAGCUUGAGGUUGAAAAGCUCACAGUAGGAAUGGCAUUACAAAAUUACAGAUGCUCUUCAGAAGGUUCUUAUCCCACAUAGCCUCCAGUCUGUGGACUGGAGGAAGACAAUAGCAUUUUUUUCCCCCUCUGAGAGAGGGCAGCAAUGGAACAUAUACAUAUCCUCUGUCUGGACCACCAAUUUUUUAUGGCUCUACAGAAGAAUUUAUUUAUGUUACAGUGCAGGCUCAAAAAGAUUGUUCAAGAUACUUCAUUGUCAUCAGAGCACACAUUAGUGUAAAAAGGUCAACAACUCGAGUUCAUUGUAACAAACCCAUGCGUGGAGGUUUCUCUCCAGAACGUGGAAAGGACCAGCCUCUCUGUCAAGGAUGUGACUGCAGCAGAGAGCACUUACAAAUAGGAGUCACAAAGCACAGAUGGCCUUCACCAAGACAGCUCUCAUUUUGAGCCAGGUUUGAGCUCUCAUCAAUUAGCAGUGCUAAACAGUGUUUUAAAAUGAGCUGGUUAAACUAUAAGGAUCUGCAGCACUAAAGUGGUUUGCAGUAUGCAAAGAGACACUCAGAUCUGAUGAAUGUCUGAGUUUCUAAAAAACAGAGAAAAACGGUCAUCCAAAUCUCCUUAUGAUUGAGAAUAACCAUCAUCACAGCAUAGUUUCCUAUGACUUCAUUUUUAACUCAUAUAAUAAGCUAAAAGCAAAUAAAUUAUUUCUUAUUGCUUGAUUCUUUAUAGUUGAAAAAGUUGUAUGUUGUUUAUAAAUAAACAGGAAUACAUCAGAAA